AUGGGGGACAAAAAAGGAGAGACUACCAAGAAACAGCAACAGCAACAACAACAUCUAUCAUCUUCUUCUGAUGACCCAGUUCUGGAAUCAACAGAAAAUAUGCAACAGCCGCAGUCGCACCACCAGUCACUGCCGGUGGCGGUGGUGGUUUUCCGGAGCCCUGUUUAUCUCUGCUCCCUU